AAGAAAAAUAUAUUAAGUAAACAAUUAUCUGUUUUAUUUAAAAAAAAUUUUCUUGAUGUUUAAAAAUCGCGCUAUCAAUAAUUAGAGCGCAGCACAUGCCUGUUGUCAUCAAAUAAAAAUAAUAAUAAAAAACGAAUUAAAUUAAUUCUAAACAUCGCUCUGACAUCUUAAAAUUUUUAUAACAUUUUUGUCAACACGUCAACGUUGGUAUCAACAACAAAAGUCGUAAUUCAUAAAAAUAUCUAAAAAAUGAGUGUAAAACAUCUGAGUACCGGUUCUGUUCCACCGCCGGUAGUUCCAGGAAAACUACGUCUUUACAGCAUGAGAUUUUGUCCUUAUGCUCAACGUGUGCAUCUCGUUCUUGAUACUAAAAAAAUUCCAUAUGACGUCGUUUAUGUAAAUUUGACUGACAAACCCGAGUGGCUGAUUGAAAAAAGUCCCCUUGGCAAAGUUCCUUGCAUUGAGUUUGAAGAUGGUCAAGUUUUGUACGAAAGUCUUAUAAUCGCUGAUUAUUUGAAUGAAGCUCAUCCAGAGCCUAAUUUAUAUCCCAGCGAUCCGAGAGCUAAAGCUAAGGAUAAAAUUCUAAUUGAACGCUUCAAUGGAUUAAUUUCAUUAAUGUACAAGUUCUACCUGUCUCCUAGUGUCGAUCGCGACAUGUUUGAAGAAGCAUUGAAGGUACUGGAAUUUUUUGACAGAGAACUAGUUUCUCGAGCAAGUCCUUUUUUCGGCGGAGUGAAACCCGGCAUGGUUGAUCUUAUGAUUUGGCCUUGGUUCGAAAGAGCUGAUAUUAUUCGUAUCAUGAGAGGAGAAAAUUACGUUAUUCCUCGUGAGCGCGUUCCUCGUAUUAUGGAAUGGAAAGCUGCUAUGAAGGAAGAUCCAGGCGUUAAAGUCAGCUGUCUGGAACCUGAAGUUCAUGCUAAGUAUAUGAAGAGUCGUGGUGCUGGUACACCGCAAUACGAUUUGCUCGUUCAAUAAGUCAUAAUUGCAACUAAUUCUUCCUGAUACUCUUCCUUUUUAUAUAAUUUCUUAUCAAUAUUUUUUUAUUAACAAUAGCAUAGAAAUAAAUUUUUUAUGAUACAUUUU